AGAAGUGGGGGGGAGAGAGGUUUGAGGUAGGUUAGGUGGAGCUUUGCUGGUUGUGCAGCUAUUUCAGGGACAGGUUGAACUGGUUCCUUCCUCCACAGUACCUGCUUCUCUCGCUCGGUCUUUUGUACCAGCAGAGAGGAAAGCGGAAGAAGCGAACCUGAUCAAGGAGCUGUGAAAAGAAGAAAACUAGUGUUAUCUGCACAUUUCAACAAUCUGUCAAAGAGAGAAAUUUCACCAUGCCUGAGGAUGGAGAAUAUUAUGGAAAGAACGGUGAGCCCAGGAAGUAUGACCCAAACUUUAAGGGUCCAGUUCAGAAAAGGGGCUGCACAGACAUCGUGUGCUGCAUCCUGUUCCUUAUUGCCGUACUGGGUUAUAUUGCAGUGGGAAUACUGGCCUGGUCACAGGGUGACCCAAGAAAGGUUAUCUACCCCACAGACAGUCGAGGCCAGUUCUGUGGGCAGGCUGGCACUCCACUAGAGAACAAGCGCCUUUUGUUCUACUUCAACAUCAUGAAGUGUGCCAGCCCCAUGGUGCUGCUGGAGUUCCAGUGUCCGACCACACAGAUGUGUGUGGAGACCUGCCCUGAAAGGUUCAUGACCUUAAUCAAAGCGUACACUAAUACAAACGACUUUAACUACUACAAAAAAUUCUGCAGUGACGGUGUGACUAAUUCAAUGGGUGUUCCAGAAAUCCUAAAGCAAGGUCUCUGUCCUGCCAUGCUGGUUCCCAGCAAGCCCUUCACCCGUAGGUGCUUCCCAGCUUUGGGAAUGAAAGGAGGGGUGGUAACUGUGGGGAACAACUCAAAAUUUGAUGAUGGAACCGGAAUGAGAGAUGCCAAGGAUCUUCUGGAUGGAGUAACGAAUGCCACUGUGGUAAUGGAGGCUCGUCAGGCGGUGAUGAAAAUCUUUGAGGAUUUCACGCACUCCUGGUACUGGAUCCUCUUGGGGCUGGUUAUUGCCACGGUCCUCAGCCUGCUCUUCCUUAUCCUCCUGCGCUUCCUGGCAGGCAUCAUGGUCUGGGUUAUGAUUGCCUUGGUGAUAGUGGUGAUAGGAUAUGGAAUUUUCCACUGCUCCAUGGAGUAUGUUGCUCUGAAAGGACAGGCCGGCGCUAACGUGACAAUCCAGGAACUGGGCUUCCAGACGGACUUCUCAGUCUACCUGCAAAUCAGGCAGACCUGGCUGGCCUUCAUUAUCAUCCUAGCCAUUGUGGAGGUCAUCAUCAUUUUGCUGCUCAUCUUCCUCAGGAAAAGGAUCCUUAUUGCCAUUGCUCUCAUUAAAGAAGCCAGCAGAGCAAUUGGACAUAUGAUGUGUUCCCUUUUCUAUCCACUGUUCACAUUCCUCCUCCUGGCCAUCGUCAUCGCCUACUGGGCAGUCACUGCUGUUUUCUUGUCUACGUCCAAUGAGCCUGUCUACAAAAUUUUCAAUGAGACAAACUGUGAAUACUCCAGACAAACAUGUGACCCAGCCAACUACACGAUGACUACCAUGAAAGCACAGUGCCCUGACUCAAAGUGCCUUUUCGCCUUCUACGGUGGGGAGACGGUUUACCAUAAAUACCUGAUUGGCCUGCAGUUCUACAACGUCUUCCUCUUCUUCUGGUGUGCCAACUUUGUCACGGGUCUGGGACAGAUGACCCUAGCCGGGGCCUUUGCCUCUUACUACUGGGCCUUCAACAAGCCGGGUGAAAUUCCCGCCUUCCCAGUGUUUUCUUCUCUUGGGAGAUCUCUCAGGUAUCACACAGGGACUCUGGCGUUUGGCUCCCUUAUCCUCGCCAUCAUUCAGAUCAUCAGGGUUUUGCUGGAGUAUCUGGACCACAAGCUGAAAGGAGCCCAAAACAAGUUUGCGAAGUUCCUGCUGUGCUGCCUGAAGUGCUGUUUCUGGUGCCUGGAAAAAUUUGUCAAGUUCCUAAACAGAAACGCCUAUAUUAUGGUGGCGAUUUAUGGCAAAAACUUUUGCACCUCUGCCAGAGAUGCCUUCUUCCUCCUCAUGAGGAAUGUGAUCAGGGUUGCUGUACUGGAUAAAGUGACAGACUUCCUCUUAUUUUUGGGUAAACUUCUCAUAGUUGGGCUUGUGGGUGUCUUUUCUUUCUUCUUCUUCUCUGGGAGAGUGAAGGCCUUUCAAAAUACAGCUCCAAACCUGAACUACUACUGGGUACCCAUCCUGACUGUGGUGGUUGGCUCAUACCUCAUCGCCCAUGGGUUCUUCAGUGUGUACGCCAUGUGUGUGGACACUCUGUUCCUGUGUUUCUGCGAAGACCUGGAGCGCAAUGACGGCUCAGCUGCAAGGCCUUAUUACAUGUCGCCGGCUCUUCGUGAGAUUCUGUGGAAGAACAAGGCGGAGGAACCGUCUGAGCCCUCUGCUCAGCAACAGCACGAUGAAGACGUCCAGCUGAAACAGGAGGCGCAGGAGGAGGACACAUCUUAGAGAGGGGCAAAUGUUUGGAGGAUUUGGAGAGGAAUGACGGCAGCCCGGAGAGGCCCUACCUGAUGCCAGAGAGCCUUCGCAAAGUCCUGAAGAAGAAGAACAAGGCAGAGCCAGCUCAGUAGAACCACCACCACCACCACCACCACCCCCCAAUAGCGUAAGCUUUACCGGGGUGAGACUGUGGGCUGAAGUCGGCUGGGAUUUUGUUGAGUUUGAAGUUAGACCAGAAGCUCUUGUCAUCAGCCUGCAGGUGACAAUCAGCUGUGUUCACUGUAUUUACUCAAUGCUAAAUACAGUAUGGACCUAAAAAUGUCCACAUUCCCACAUCGUUUCUCGUUCAAACCAUCAUGAAGUCGGGCAGGUUUUGUGGAUUUUAAAAACUUAGAGAUUUGUUUGUUUUUUGAAGUCGAUGCACGUGCAAACGUUUGUGGUAUGUUGCAUUCUUAACAACUAUAUAAGGUUUUAUUUUUAAUGUUUGACUGUUUGUAGGGUACAUAUAAAAGGUCAUCUACUACAGUUGUGUAAUGUUUAUGCUUUUAUUCUUGUAUUUUUUUUUUUAUUAAAUAUGUAUAACUUGUCAUAUUUGACCAUAUGUUUAACCUUGUAGUUACCAAAGCCAUUACACUGCCUGUCAGGUACCCAUCAGGCCUUUUGUACUUUUAUACCACUGUGCCUAAAGCAUCUGACGCUGUGGUGCUCCUUUAUCAGCAUCCAUACAGAAAUAUGAACAGAAGCAAAAAACUAUAACUGGCUUGUGCGAGGGGGGUCUUUUUGUUUUUUUUGUUUUUUUUUCUCUCCUUUGGAGCUGAACUUUUCUCAAAUAAAACAUAGUUUUCUAUAAAAAUGCACUUGGCUCUUCAGUUGUUGAUUAUACCAAAGGCUUUAAGGUGCUCCCAAACUUUCAGCACUGGCGUCAUUCUGAUAGUUUUAUCCAUGCUAGACUUGAUUCUUUGACUCGAGUCUUUCAGGUACUGGAGACGAGCUCAGUCCACUUUCAGUUUCAGCUGAAGCGGAGCUCAUAUCUGCGUUCAGCUGAAAAAAGGUAGCUGAAACAGACAGUGACCCGUUGGUCACAAAACUGACACAUAAAUUUCCCAGCUUUCCUUUUAGCUUUAAACUCAGAAAACCUGGCUGUCAAAUAUAACCCCAUAAAAUCCUAACUGCUGUUCUUCUUUCGACCAUGAGAGGGCGUG